GCCGUACCAAUAUAAAGGCGACCAAAGUAAGCAAGCAAGCGAGCGAACGAAAACCGUGUGUUCGGCAUACGACACACUCUCCAUGACUUUACCAACGCGGUUCUCUGCCAAUAGUACAGUCAAACGCCGUUUUGUUUCUCUAGUGUAUGAACAGAGCGAGAUAUCCGGCUAAAUAAUUCAUCGCAAGCGACAGAGAAAGGCGAAAGCGAACAUACGUUUGUAUGAAUAUAUUACAUAGUGCCGUACCAUAUCACUCGUUCGACUGUUUUCGCUUCUCUCAUGUCUUGGUAGUUGUUUCUCAUACUUGUUUGGUUCUGAAGUGAGUGAGACUUUGGUUGUUGGUGCGCGCUCGUACACACGUUUAACAGAGUUAAAAAAGAAAUAUACACAUACACACCACUUUCUCGAUCCUUAUAACUUUGAUACCGAAAAGUGUGUUUGUGUUGUGUGUUCGGUUACAGAAAAAGAAUACACACAUUUAACAGCCAACAAACGAGUGAGAGCAUUGAUCAAUGCGUGCGUAGUGGUGUAUGCAUGAAGACAAACUUUUUUUUCCAAACGGAACAGUGUUUUAGUUUCCUCUCUUCAAUUACACACCGAUAUUCAAAUAUACCAAAAAAAAAAAACUAAGCGAAGAGAAAAAGUUUUUUUUUCUCUUUUUGUUGUACGAUUUUACCGAGAAAUCACAUUUGCUUGAAGCGAGCUGCUGGUGCUGUGAAAAAAACCGUGUAUUUUAGACAGAUUAAAUACUUGCACGCAUUAAGUUGCUAGCUGUGUGCUUAUAGCACACGAAUAAAAAUAAAUCAUAAUAAUUAUAAACAAGAAAAAUCGUAUCGCCAUCAGGCCCUCAGAAGGGAAACAACGGCGUACAAAUAAAUAAAGUAAAACGAAAUCAGGUAUUGAAGAAAAUUUGAUUGCGACAAAAAUUCAAAAGUAAUAAACACAGAGUGCGAAAGAAAAGAAGAAUCAAGCGACAGUUUAAUAAGUUAGCAUUUUGAUUCAGUUCAAAUUUUCGUUUUAUUUACGUUUUAAUUUGGCGUUUUUUACAAACAACCAAAUUUAUUGUUCGGUGUAAAAUAGAAGAAGAAGAAGAAAAAACAUUUUCCUUAUACGUAUUGGCAUGCGUUUUGUGAACAUUGUAUUUUUUUUUUUGCUUUGGUUUUUUCGCUGAGCAGUUGAACGCAUUUUGAAAACAUUGAACGAAAAAGAAAACGACAUUCGACGGCAAAGACACACAUACGAGAAAAUAAACAAACAAUACGAAUUUUUGCGCGAGAAUCAAAGAAUCGUCAGGGUUUUAGCAUCGAUAAUCAAAGAAAGAGCGAAAAGAAAGAACAAAAAAAAAACGCCGAGUUCCAUCAACAUCAUCAACAACACAACAAAAAUGGAGAAAAGAAUAGAAUUGGAAAAACGCGGUCGACCAGCAAAUCAGAUAACCGAGCUGAAUUUAGAUAACUGUCGAAGUACAAAUAUCGUUGGUCUUACAGACGAAUUCACAGCAUUAGAAUCACUGAGUUUGAUCAAUGUCGGUUUGACGUCACUAAAAGGUUUCCCCAAAUUACCAAAUUUGAAAAAAUUGGAAUUGUCCGACAACAGAAUUUCGAACGGUUUAAAUAAUUUAAGUGCUAGCACAAAACUAACACAUUUAAAUUUAUCGGGAAAUAAAAUCAAAGACCUGGAAGAAUUGAAAUCGUUGGAAAACUUCAAGGAGCUCGAAGUGCUAGAUUUGUUCAACAAUGAAGCAACAUCAAUCGAUUCAUAUCGACAGAAAAUAUUCGCCAUGAUUCCAUCGCUUGUAUAUUUAGAUGGCUUCGAUGUAAAUGACGUUGAAGCCGUUUCCGAUGGCGAAGACGAUGAAGAGGUCAACGGAAAUGAUUCGGAUGAAGAUGGUGUCGAAGACUAUUCGAAGCCGUUUUGUAUAAAUGGCAUGGAAAUCGAUUUAACUGAACUAGAAUUAUACGAAAAGAAAUUAGCCGAAAAGCGACGAUUGGCUGCGAUGAAUGCAUCGUCAACGGCCGCCGCCGAUGAUGACAAACACACAACGGCUGUCGCCGACAAUAAGACAGACGAACGAACGAUUGACGAAAUCGAUGAAUAUUUAGAUCGAUUGGCGCUCGAUCUCAAAACCAAAGACCAAACAACAUCGUCAUCAACGAACAAUCAACAACAACAACAACAACAAAGAUUAAAUGAUUUCCAUAAUCCAAGUGGAUCACAAAAUCAUUCCAUGCCAAAUCAAUGCCAAUCUAGUCGAUCCACUGACAAUCACAACGAUGCAACAAACACAAUGACCACGACCACUGCACAAAUUCCGACACAAACAACAUCAUUUCCACUGUUGCUGUUUGGCCUAUUGACCAUCUUAGCAUUCGUGAAUUCCGUCCGUUUCACAAAAGAUGGCAAUGAAGCUGAAGACGAUGAUGACGGCGGGGACUUCGAAGAUGACGAUGAAAGCGAAGAAAAUGGUGGAUUGGCCGACGUUUACAACGACGACCUCGAAAACGACGACAAUGACGAUGAUUUCGAAGCUGACGAGAAUGAAGGUGACACAGAUGGAGAUUCUGAUUUGGCCGAAGAAGAAGAGGGCGAAGAUGAAGAAGAAUCACCAGCUCGGGGAACCAAAAGAAAGCAUGAAGGCGAAGCAGAUGACAACGAUGGUUAAUUCAUUGCGAAGAUAAAAUAACGAUCGUAUCCCAUUCUUUUCACAACACCACAAUGAUACACACACACACAGUUUAACAAUUAUAACUUUAAAGAAGAAAAAUCCGUAAACUACAACAACAGCAACAACAAGCAAAAAAAAAGAUGAUGAAAAGAUUGAAAAAUCCCUACACCCAUAUACAUAAACUAUCAAAACAACAACAAAAUAUUAACACGAAGCAAACAAAUAACAAAACACACACAUACAAAAAUUCAAAGUGAACAGCAAAACGUCUGUAAUAAUUUAAGUAAGGAAUAACUAAAAAUCAAGAGAAAAAACAUUAAGUGUAUAAGUUGAAGAAAAAAUGGGUCGAAAAGAGGCCAGCUGUGGAAAUAAUAUGAAAAGAGAGAAUUAAAUUUAAUUGUAACGGAAUCAAAAGUUGCCUGGUCGAGAAAAAAACACACAUAAACACACAAACGUACUGUUAGGUUUUCCUUUUUCUUCUGUUUUCCAUUUUAUUUUUUUAUUUUUUUCAUGCAAAAUGCAGCAUUUGUUUUAUCGUUAAUUUCUCUGUAUCUUUCGCUGUCGGUUGUGUGUGUGUCAAGAAACAAAUGAUUUACUAUUCAAAAAAUCGUCUAAAAUCAAGAUCGUUUCAACGGCUUCAUUCACCGUGUUUCCAAACAUGAACUCAAUAUGUAUUUCAAGUGCAUUUGUGUCGUCAGCUGAGUGCUUACUAGCUACUUGUAUUUUCCAUGUCGUCGCGCCGUGACAUGUGUAUCGCCCUCUCUCUCUCUCCCCAGCACCAUUACAAUCCACGUUGGAUCGUGCACAUCAGCCAAUGAAAUGUAAUGCAUUUCUGGAGAUUUUUUUUUAGAAAAUGGCUAGCAUCGAACCUCAUCAAUGCGAACAAUCGAUAGCAUCCCCCACCCUUUCAAUGAACACAAACUCAAUUGUUUUCAAGAUUUAAGCUCAAAAUCAAAAGCUCGAAUGAAAUUGAAACGAAAUAGUUUUUAAUUUCAUAAGCAAAACCGAAAUGACCAGAACAUUAUUGGCAUUUUUCUCACUGAAACAAAACAACUUUUUUGUUUCUCUCGUUGGUUAAAUGCAAAACAAAAACUAAAUAUUCCAUUAUGCCCAACACCAUUAGCUAAACGAUAAAAUUCAAUGGGAGCGCAAAAUCAGCUGCAAUAGCCAAGCAAAAGAAGAGAGAAAAAUGACAACACGAAACAUCCAAAACAGAUGAAAAUAAUUGCGUAAUUCUAAAAAUGAAAGAACAAAUAAAAAGAUAUGAAGAAGUUGAAAAAUGCAAGAAAAAAUAGGCGCCGUAGUAUUUUUUUAAGAUUUAUACUAACAUUCAAAGAAACAAAAACAAGAAGAAGAAAAAAAAACACUUUGAUCGCAGAGUUCAUAUGGAUUGCAUAUCGACAGAGUGGACACAAUGUGGUAUUUGAAUGUGAAAAUGUCAUCAAAUUUUGAUUUUUAAUAUAAUAGAAUAAAAAAACAUUAGGGGACAAGGUAAAAACACUACAUACAAGCAGAAGGUGAUGAGAGAAAGCCCAGUGUGAGCACGACCAUCAAGUGGUCCCACUUGAAUCGUCUCAUUACUGGUUUUCUGUGACCUGCCCGUAUUUUGUAAUACUUUUCUUAUUUAAUCGGUAACAACAACCUCAACAAAAAAAAGAGAAACCAUUUCGAUUUGUUUUUCUAGUAAGAAGAAAAUAAAAACAAAGUUAUAAUAAGAGUCAAAA